GUGCGAGUUGGCACCUCGGCCGGUCUGCUUUUUCACCCGGCUUGUUUGCUUCUGCCGAGGUGGCGACGGCGACACGCUGCAAGUCGCCUAUUUCUAACGUUCCUGUGUGACUCGGCCCCGCAAUGGCGUGGCUACGUUUAACCCUUGUCGCACUGGUGCUUUUGUGCGGUUCGUCGCUCGCCGCUCCGGACACAAUCAGCCCUUCCGUGAGGGUGAAACAAGCAGACAGGUUAGUCGACCUGGCAUCCCAACUUGUCAAGAUCAACACUCAGCUGGUGUUUGAAAACACGGGCAGCGAUGCUGCGCGCUAUGUCCUCGUCGCCCUGGACGAGAGCCACGCCAACUCACUGGCCUACAUCAACGCCGUCCUGGUGGAGCCCAACAAGGGCGGCGUGAAGCCCCUGAAGCUGGUGGAAACCAAGGUGCAGGGCCAUGAGCACAGCUCCAACCGUUUCUACCGCAUCGAACUCAAGACACCCCUGAGCACUGGCAAAACGGUCACCAUUACUCUCGAGUGCAUUCACAGCCACCACCUGGAGCCCUUCCCCCGAGAGAUUACCCAGAAGGAGAAGCAACUCGUCAAGUACAGUGGCAACCAUUAUAUUGUCAGUCCAUAUACUGUUGUCAAGCAGAAAACGACUGUCAAUCUGAGUGCACGCAAUAUUGAGAACUACACCAAGCUGAAGCCUGUCUCGCAAUCAGACAUGUCAGUCUACUAUGGACCAUAUGAAAAUAUUCCACCCUUCAGCGAAGACCCUAUGGUUAUUCAUUGUGAGAACAACACCCCUUUCCUUGCUGUUCGCAACCUACUACGUCAAAUAGAAGUUUCUCAUUGGGGCAAUAUUGCCAUUGAGGAAACUGUCGAUUUGGAGCAUACUGGGGCAAUUUUGAAGGGUUCUUUCUCCCGCUAUGAAUUCCAGCGCGAGAGUGGUAGUGGUCUGUCUAGUGUCAAAAAUUUCAAGACUAUUCUGCCAGCUUCUGCAACGGAUGCUUACUACAGGGAUGAUAUUGGAAACAUCUCCACCUCCAACAUGAGAGUCUUAAGUGAUGCUGUUGAACUUAAUCUUCGGCCAAGGUUCCCUCUCUUUGGUGGAUGGAAGACACACUAUGUUGUUGGAUACAAUGUCCCCAGCUAUGAAUACUUGUACAACUCUGGCGAUCAAUACAUUCUCAAGAUCCGAUUCAUUGAUCAUAUCUUUGAUGAUAUGAUUGUUGAUGAUGCUGUUACCAGGAUUAUCCUCCCUGAGGGCUGCCACAACAUUCAGGUCAAGUCUCCCUAUCCUAUUGAUCGUCUUGCAGACAGUUUGCACUUUACCUAUCUUGACACCAAGGGACGCCCUGUGGUUGUCCUUCACAAAACCAAUCUUAUUGAGCACCAUAUCCAGGAUUUGGAGAUCAGCUACAGUUUUCCUAGAAUUCUUAUGCUUCAAGAACCUCUGCUGCUCAUUGCGGCUCUCUUCUUGCUGUUUGUUCUUGUCAUCAUAUAUGUGCGUCUUGAUUUCUCAAUUAGUAAAGAUGAAGCAAGUGAGAACAAACUCCGUAUUGCUGGCCUUGUAGAGAAGGUUUUAAGCCAUCAAUUAAAACGUAUCAAUGCUUAUGAUGCUUAUGACGAACAGUUAAACAAACUGAAACAGAUUAAAGAUGUCAACAGCUUCAAUUCAGCUUUAAGAACUAUUACCAAUGAUUUAAAAAAUGAAACACAAGCAAUUUCUGAUCAUCAAGCAAAACUAAAAUCAGAUGGACCUGAACUUGCUGAGAAAGUUACUGAACUUCAGAAGCUUGACAAGGCUCUCAAAGAAUUACUCAACCAGCAGCAAACCUUGUAUGUUGAGAAACUUAUUCCAGCCAAAAUCAACCGAACUGCUUUUGUGGAAGCUGAUGGACCAUUAGCAAAGAAAAAAGCAGAUAUUAGGGAAAAGAUCACAGCUGUCGUCAAAAGUCUUCAGAACUAAGACAAGACUGAGUAUAUAAUUGAGUGCUGUUUUCAUUGAAGUACACUUUUUUUCUCAGUGUCAGACAUUGAGUGAUGAAUUGGGAGUGUAUUGUGAUACUAAGUGUUCUAUCUCCACUGAAGUAAAAAUUAUGUAGGAGUUGUAUCAGAUAGUCAGUGAUGUGCAUUCCUAUUCCUGUAUAUCUAAAGAACUUGCCGCGUCAAUGUUUAUUUUGUGCCUGUAUAUUUGUUUGACUCACAAUGUACAGCACAAUUCAAAUUGAAUUUAUAAUUCAGAUUUAUAUUUUAAAACCAGCACAAGUGGCCAAUCAAAAUUGUCUGGUAGCAAAGUUGGUUUGAAAGGUCCUACUUUAUAUGCAAACUUUUUCUUUGGAAUUUAAUUAUUAGCAAAGGAACAUCUCUUUAUACUUUGGACAGUAAGGGGACUUUUCAGCACUUGUGCCAAUGUACUAUUUUGACACAACAUGCCACAUUUAACAGUACCUCUUACCAGAAGGUUAAUGAGAUCAGCAUUUUUGUUUGCCUAUUUUACCAACACUUAUCAACACUAUUGUGCAUAGGUAUUUCUAAUAUUAUAGUGUUCUGUGUCUGUUAUUACUUCGUUUAUUUUUAACUUAAACCGAGAGAUGAUGCUCGACUGAACUGUGGUUUGAUCUCAAUCUCUCCAAGCACUAAAACAGUAGGCCACAAUUUUUGUGAAGUAUAUUUAGAAAACCCAGAGAGUGUAGCAAUUUUAGAGUUGUAUCCGGGUUUGAGUGGUUUGAGUAGUCAUAAGUAGGCCUAAUGCAAUUUUCAACUGAGACCUAGCCCAACAAGUUUCAUAAAAUCUUGUUUAAUAAAUCUACUAUUAAUGGCGAUUAAGUUUGAGAGACCGAACAAUCUUUUGUACUAAAAUGCUCCUUCUUUAAAAAAAAAAAAAUUGCAAAAUUUUUGAACUCAAAUUAUGUUACCAAAUGUGUGUUGCUUACUUGAAUAAAAAUAUGAUUGCUGUCCCUAA